UUCCUUAUUGUCACUAGCUUCAAAGUCCACAGACGGAAGCGUUCUUUUUCAACACAUAUCUAGCUAGGCUAAUGUUUGUGUCGAAUCUUUUUAGCUAGUCCCUUGUAGUUAUUUUUUUAUUUUCUUUUUUUGUUGAAAUAACAUAUACGUUUCCUCCAGGAUAGUGGCGGAGAAGAAUAUUAUAGUUCAGUGGAAAAGCACGGAAGACAAUAGUUUCCGUCUGCACGGUGGAUUUCAUUUGUCGCAGAAGGGGGAACACCCCAGCCAGGCAUGUUUUUGUAAAUGUAGGCCGAGGCGUCAAUAAUUUGGUCUAGUUUUUUCGUUUUGGGGAUGUUGAACGGGAAAAAUACGAAAGAAAAAAAAUCGGUUACAGCUAAUGAAACAUAAUCCAGUUUCGUCUGCGGUGUAUGGAUUUAUUUCGUCGAGAGUUUUGAUUCAGUUAUCCAUCUUUACACUACCGAUUAUAAUUAUGCUAAGUUGCCUUGACCGCAGAGUGCGGUUCUUUUACUGGACCUUGGCUAUUUGGAUUGGGCACGGUAUUAUCCAUUUCUAAUGAAAGGGGGUAUAGAUUGGGUUACAACUAUUUGGAAACGACUUCCUUCAACAUUAAAAAAAAUAAUUCCUACCUAAGAAGACGAAAAAACUUUAGAAUGAAAACUACCACUGUAUGUGGCUAUGUAUGCUGUCAACUGUUUUGUUAACGAUGCUUAGGUGAAAAUUGGCACGGGUAGCUUAUGUUGGCUACUAGUUUUCUUGCCCAAAGUUUAUGGUUAAGCAAAUUUAACGAUAGCUAGAUCACCAACAAACACGGCAGCGUGCGUAUGCUUGUUAGCUAGCCGGUCGACCAUAUGUGCCAUUGUGUAUAACGUAGUGGCUACCUACCAUUGGCUGACUAACAAGUCGAGUGGAAAUCGAUUCGUAUUUCAUAUUGCUCUCCCCGUAAACUAGCUAACGGUAGUAUCUAAAAUAUUACAACUGACGAUGCGUGAUCGGAUUGAGUGUCGCGAUAGCUUGCUAACUUGUGACUAAGAUAUUAUUUGCCUCGUAACUGAUGUCAAAAGAUCGAGCCAAUUCCAAAACAAAGUAGAAAGCUAGCUAUUUGUGUAGCUAACAAUCUAGCUAGUUAGUUCGGUUACAUGUCAUUGGUCAGCGGCUUUCGCUCACAAGGGACUGGUUGUCGGGGUUCCGCCUUCCUUUUUACUACCGGGUAGCAACCCAACAUCUUACAGGAUAUUAAGAUGGGUAACAUUAGCUAGCAACAUUAGCUAGAUAGCCGAUGUAUUCUUGACGCUGGGAUGUAGCUAGUUAGCUACAAAAAUUCAUGAAAUAACGUUGGCUGAGCUGUUGAAAUUUUGAUCGUGUCCAUGUGAUUGGCAGGUAAUCGGCAUUCAGGUAGCUGUUCAUGAAAUUGAUUUAGCUUGCUUGCUAACUGGCUAGUUACAUUUCGCACAAUUUAAUACUCGGUAAAUUUAGUAACGUCACUCUCUGUUUUUAUAAAAAUUGGGACAUGUAGUCUUGGCGCAAAUGGCUGCUCGCGUUCGGUGUUUGACGGAAAUUCCAAAAAUGCACAGAAGUAGUGUAGUGUCACAUUGUUCUUGAAAAAAGCUAAAGUGAGACUUGUGACAAACGCCAUUUUAGGCCGUACCCCUUGUCUGCGGUGUGUUUAUUAUUUUUAUUUUUUUUUUGGGGGGGGGGGAGGAGGUCGGAUUGGGUGAAAGUGCCUUUGACUGGACCGAGGGUGUAAAGUGCCUUUGACCAGACAGGAAUUUGGAAUAGCCUUUGUUUGACAUGGAUGGGCCAGGCCGGAGCAGCGGCUUCAGGCAAAGCCGUCGCUCCCGCUCGCAACGCGACAGAGAACGACGACGAAGGAGAGGGGACCUAACAGAACGGAGGCCCUCCUCGCCCUCCUCGUGCUCUGAGCGAGAAGCUGGCGGAAGGGACGGCUUAGGAGGUGGGUGCAGAGUUGGCCGUGGAUCCGGAGCAGUUGGCAAGAGACAUAGGCCGCCGCGCCGGAGGAAGCGAGAGUCUGUAUCAUGCGAAGAGGAUAUCAUCGAUGGUUUCGCCAUUGCAAGCUUCAUCAGCCUGGAGGCCUUGGAGGUGGACUGCUCUCUGAAACCCCCAGAGCGUGCUGCAGUCCUGCUUCGGAGGGGUGGAAAGAGGAAGAGGUGCCUGGAAGAAAAUGGAGGCGGGUCCCUUUCUGAGCCAGAGGCAGGAGACCCCUCCAGUUGCUCUCCUAGUGCUCAGGACAGAGCUAGAAAGAGGAGGAGAAAAAGAGAGACUUCCAGAAAUGUCUUCCUGGAAACGGGCUACAUUUGUGAUUCGGAGAGUGAGUCUGGUGAUAAGGCUUCUGAUUAUGAGAUGGAGCCAAUGUUCACAGUCACUGCCCGGAAAGUGUUGGAGUCUGGUCCUGUUAGCAUGGGUUCUUCUGUGACCAAAAGCCACCCACCCUCAUCAUCUAUCUGUGGCCUACCCCGGCUCUCGGUCACACCCCGCGUUUCAGGUCUCCAGCGAAGCCAGGAGAGAAGCCUGGAGCCUCUGCACCCAGAUUCCUUGUCGUCCUCUUUCUCCUCUUCUACAUCCACCUCUUCAUGCAUACCCACCUACUCCUUGACUACCUAUGUCUCCUGCACCUCUGCUACUACUACAGUACCUGGUCAGCGCAACGGUGAUGGCCAUUUUCAACGGUGUGCUCCAAGUCCACCGCAGCCCAAACCGAAGCCUUUUCUCUCUUACCCUGGCCCCCCUCUGUCUCAUUACACCAUUGGCCUCAGCAGCAGGAACAGUACCUCAGCCAAGCCCCCACCGUCUUCUUCUGCCUCAUCUUCAUCUCUGCGCCCCCCCACGCCUUCUAUGAAUAUAACCUUGUCUUUAGGGUGUGGUCCUGGCUUCCCAGGCUCAAUGCGGCCUCCAUCCCAUCCAAGCUCAGGGGCCAUCUUCAGCCCAUCCUCAGGCUUGCCCCCUCCUCCACCUCUCCUGCAGGUCCCUUCACACCCAACCACAGGCAUGGCCACAUCUACUGCUGCAGUCCUCACAGAGCUUAACUCUCGCUUCCUCACCUCGCAAACUGUAGAGCGAGAGGGAGGAGGGAGUGCAAGUGGAAACCAGGUGAGCGGGGGUGCAGCACCAGCAGCAUCAGGGGGUCCCUCUGCAUCCAGCUCAGGACCUGGGGCUUCUGGCUGUGCAUCUCAGGCCCAACCAACCAUCCCCCCUUUGGCCUUUCAGUUCCACCAACACAACCACCAACACCAGCACACCCACACGCACCAACACUUUGCUCCUUUCCUGCCUCCAUCUGCUGCGGCAUCUCCACUGUUUGACAAGUACCCAGGCAAGAUGGAGAGUCUCUACAGACACCCUUUCUUCCCUCAGUAUCCAACCUCUAUGUCAGGAAUGCCGCCUGUUCUACCCCCGGCUGGACCAUUUAGCUCACUGCAAGGGGCCUUUCAGCCCAAGGGUACCAGUCCAGAAAUGGCAGCUCGCCUUGGGCCUGUGCCUCACCGCUUGCAAUCCAAAGACCCAAGGUUUACCGACCCAUUCAGGACCUCUGUAAGAAUAAAUAAUAAACCAGGGAAGUGGUGUGCCAUGCAUGUCCGUGUGGCCUGGAUGAUUCUCAGACAUCAGGAGAAAGUCAAGUUGCUGCAGGUGGAUCCUCACAAGCUGGAUUUCCGCAACAACUUGCUGUCUCGCCUUCCUGGAGCAGGGGGCUUUGGUGGGCUUAGAGGAAUUGGAGCACAGGGGAGUGGGCUUCCCUCUGCCCAUGAGUUGGCUCGACCUGCCAGCCUCUUCACAGCCAGCGGUGGAGUUCACCCAUCUGCCUCUACAUUUGCCCCCCCGUCAACACCUCAUUCCUCUUUCAUCACUCCUUCGGCACACUUGGACCCAUUUGGCCGCUCGCCCCCUUUCUCUUCUCUAGGAUCUCUGGGGACUGGGGCCUUCGGUGGGCUGGGUAGCCCCUCACUAGGUACAAACUCAGUUUUUGGCCAUAAGGAGUCACAAGGAGGAGCUGUGGGCAGCUUGGCCAACCCCCAUGACCCCUGGAAUCGCCUUCACCACACACCACCUUCUUUUCCGACCACGCCAACAUGGGUUAAAGGGAUGGACAAAAGAGAGGAAAGAGUGAAAGAAGCAGAGAAGAAAGAAGUUGUUCAUAUUAAAGAUGAAAAAGAUCGAGACAAUUCGUAUGGUCGUCACCCUGUGAGGAUGUCUCCAGCUGCUCCCUCCCUCAAGCUGUGCAGCAGUACCCCUGUCUCCCAUAGCAGCAGUCUUGGUUGGGCUGUGGGCAGCUCUGGAGGUCCAUCAGAGGAUGAGCCCCCUCGGGCACGGAGCAGGGAGAGGGACCGAGAUACCAAGCUUCACUCUAUUGUGGCUCCUAAGGCCCCCCUCCCUGUCUCUUCAUCCUCAGCACCAGAAAGACCAUGUUCCUCAUCCUCCUCUGCUCCCCCUACCCCUCUCCCACCUGCUUGCCUUGUCCCCUCCCCUCUGAACUUAUAUGCUCGUCAACCUCCAUCCAGCUCUCCAAAUAAAGUCUCUCGGCCCACCCAGAGGGAAGGUGGUUGUUCCACUCCUCCUUCUGCCUCUGUUUCUCUGCAUCCUGUGCGUCAGUACAAGAAGCCAGAACAAGGUACCCAAAUAGUGGCCCCACUACUUGGCUAUAUCUACCCCCCUCCAAUCAAAGUUAAGGAAGAACGCAAGGACGAGGUUGAGCCUGUGCCCAUCUCCGUGGCACCAUCAUCAAUGUCAUCCCACAGUUAUGAUCAGCCCAGCAGUCGCCAACACCCUGCCCCCUCUUCUGCCCACCUCUCCCUGGGCCCACCACCCAGUAUCCCACAGCCUCCAUCCACUCCACACUCCCAUCCCCUCUCCCUCUCGCUGCUUGAUCGCUCUCGUGCAGCGGCCAUAGAGGCCUAUCUGAGUGUGGCAGGAAGUAGUGGGGGGAUAGUUGUGGGUGCUGCAGGGGAUCGCUUCCCCACUCAUCCGCAUGCUGCACUGCAGGGGCAUUCUCAGUCUCCCCACGGUUUCCCCUGGGAUCCUUGGAGGGAAUUGGCUGCGCAACAGCAGCAGAGGGAGGUCCUGACUAUGCGCCCAGAUUCUCACCUGGCCCUGCGUACAGAUCCCCACUUGGCCCGGCUGCUCCAGCACCAACAGGUUCAGCGAUUCUUUGAGGCUGAGAGGGCUGUGGCAGCUGUUGUGGGGCCCCACCACCCUCCUGCUUCCUCCUCUUCAACACGACAGGAGUUCGGUCUCCUAUCCCACCAUCACCAUCAGGAGCGUCCUCCACAGGCAUCGGGACCUAUUGGCAGCCUGCUUGAGGAAGAUCAGCGAGCACACAUCCUGCGGGAGGACUUUGAGAGGGUACGCUACUAUGGAAUGCACCCCCAUGCACACCUCUCCAACCCCCUCCUCUCCGGUGCUUCUCAUGCAGCUCACCUAGACCAGCUACAUCCUGGCCUGCUCUCCCAUGCACACUCCCACCAACCAGGAUCCUCUCCUCGCCACCCUAACCUCUACUCUCGCCUGGGCCCGCUGCAUCCGCACUCUCACCAUGUGCCCAAUGGUCUUCUGACCAAGACGGCCUCUGGGUUGGUGGGACCCCUUUCAGUCGGUGCACCCCCUCCCCUCAUCCCUUCUGUGACCCCCAGCAGGGCUUCCACCUCUCCCCGCAACUCCCGGGUCGGCGGGGGGCCUGAACUGGUCCUCUAUAGUGCUCCCAAAGACCGGGAAUCCAGAUAGUACAAGGGAGAGGGAACCCAUUGUGGUUAAAGUUUGGCUUGGGAUUCCUGCACUCACCUUCUUCUUCCUGAGCUGGGACUUGACCUGAUUCCCCAAAAACAUACCCCCCCCCCUCUUAAUCUGAACCCUUUUAUUGUUUUGUACUCUUGGUGGUGUGAAAAUCCUGUAGAAAAAGAAGAGCCUAACAAAACAGGGCAGUUCAGUACACAAUCCACUGUGGUCCUAUCGGUGCAAUUUAAGGUACAUGGUUUUGUGCCUUGGCCUUUUUAUUUUUAAAGAAAUCCUGAAUUGCAACUUGAGUCUGCAAUGGGGCAUUGAUUGUUAGUGUGAUGCAAUGCUUCUCAGUGUGAUACUAUGUGUUGGAAAAGAAACAAUGGACAAUUUAAUAAUUCUUAAAUCUGAGUAUUAGGUUUUGAAUGAACUUUGCAAGGCUCAAUUUGUUUCCAGUUUUCAUUCAUGUAUUAAAAUAACUAUAUGCUUGUACUCUUGUCUUUUGCUAUCAUUCUUUAUUCUUACAUUUUUAGUUGGAUAUUUGGUUGUUUUAAUGUCAUACACAAAACGUAACUACCUCUCCCUUUCCCUGAUAGAGACCUGUGGUCAACUUGUUUUCUUUUUUGUUUCCAAGAAAUUGAUGUCUUAGCUUACAGAAGAGCCAUACAUCUCCAGAAUAAUGUAUUUAAUUGGAAAAAAAUUAUGUACUGCCAAAUGUGGCAUGCAUAUUUUGAGGGCAUCUUCAGGGCAGAAAAUUGGGGGAGCAACUAGUACACCAGUAUGUUUCCAUGAUGUCUUCCUAAAUUUUGACAUGACAGUAAAUAUUUAUGAAGAAGCUUGUAUGUAGAUUUCAUCUAUGUGAACGAAGCAUCUGUCUCACAUCACAACUUUGAAAGAACACUGAUUUGAGAUGAACAAUUAUGAUGAUUGUGAAACAUUUAAAAUUCUCUAAUUGUUUCAAAGUUUGUCUUAUUACCCAACAUGAUGCCGAAGCAGUGUCACGGCAGAAAAAUGGUGUAAUUGUUGUUGUUGUCAUUUGAUUAUAAUCAGUUAUUGUUGUUAUUAUUAUUGUUGUUGUUAUUAUUGUUGUUGUUGUUAUUAUCUAAUGUUUAUUUUUAUUAUUUUUCAUUGUUUACGGCAUCUUACCAGUGCAACCUUGCAAAUAUGAAAUCAACCCGAGUUUUGACCCAAACUAAGGUAGGUUGAUUGAAAUGGAGAUUCUUUUUUUUAAAGAUGCAACCAGCCCUGUUGAUGUUUUUGCCUUGAAUAUGGAAUGUGUGUGUGUGUGUAUGUGAGUGAGAGAAGACCUGUUGAAAGACUAUUGGCCAAAGGUGUGUGUUUGUUGGAAAUAAGCAGAAACAAAGGUAUAUGUUAUUUAUACAUGCAUCAUUGGAAUUGUCACUGGACUAAUGUGGAACUGUAGGACAUAAGCGUGUGCGCGUAACCAUUUGGAGGGAAUACACUAAGUGGGGUAAAAUAUGGUGAGGGGUAGGCCUACAAUGAAAAAGUUUUGUACAUCUUAUGCCUUUUUCCGUUGAAAACCACAAAGGAUAAUGGUGAAAUAAAUUGUUGGCUAUUGUGCAAGUCUGAUCUAUUUUCUUCACAGCAUGAACUGUGUAAAAAUGGAGUGUGGAUUGGUGAUGGGUCUUUAUGUUGGACACAACUUGUCCUGAAUAAAUGCUGUAAAAUAUUUUAUGUCCCAGCCAAUAAAAUGCAGGCAUAAUGCUGUGCAAGAUGUUACCCCAGAA